UUGUUAUUACUGAGAUAUAAUUGACAUAUAACAUUGUGCAAGCUUCAGGUGUAAAGUGUGUGGUUUGAUUCAUUUAUAAGCUGCGAUAUGAUCAUAGUGUUGGCUAACAUUCCGUCACUUCCCAUAAUGAUCAAGUGUUCUUUUGUGGUGGGAACAAGUAAGAACCAGUCUCUUAGCAACUUUGAAGUUUGUAACACAAUAUUGUUGGCUAUAAUUCAAUGUCUACAAUACAAUGUUGUUGACUAUAGUCACUCUGCUGUACAUUAGAUCUCCAGAACUCGUAUCUGCCAGUUCCAAGUUUGUACUCUUAAACUGCAUCUUUUAAUACCAUCUGACUAAGUAGUUUUUGAAUACAUGCUGAAUAAUUACGUCACAAGAAAAGAAAGCACAUCGGUGGGUAACAUGAGGGAAUACUCAACAUGAAGAGCAGAUUCGUCGUCCUCCAACUUCUGAAAUUCUUUUAUGAGAAGAAGGAAUUAAAUUUGCUGUGCGUGUCUGGAAGGGGGAAAACUAAAACCAAUAUGUUGAAGACGAAGAGAGAGAGGAAACAGAUCCAAAAUGAGCAUUAACGGGUAGAACUGUCCACAGAUGGAGGUUCAUACAGUAGCUAGAUGACCAAGCAGAAGGUACGUAGUACAGGACACUUCAGCAUCCCAUGGGGAUUAGGACACUUGCUGACCAGGUUCUUUCCAAAUCUGAAUCUCUGUGUCUCUUGUCUUCACAGGAAUUUCCAAAUACAAACCCAAAUUAAUUUGAAUCAGAAACACCAGCUCAGGGCUCAGCUCCAAAAAACGUGGAAGAAACAUAGAUGCCCACGGAGACUCGGCCACGUACAGGAUUUCCCAAAAACAAGCUCUAUAAGUUGGCCCAGAAAUAUAAAGCUAACUUCUACCAUAGAAAGAAUCUGUCCUUCAAUUCUGGGAUGUUGUUGUUGUUGUUGUUGUUGUUCAUUCUCACCCUCAGAUCAAUUGUCUAUAUUGAAUCCAUGGACGCGAAUAAUCUUACUAUGGUAACAGAGUUCAUUCUCAUGGGCUUUACUGACUACCACAUGUUGGAGAUCCCCCUCUUCCUGACGUUUCUCAUUUUCUAUAUCGUCACCCUUCUGGGGAAUGUGGGGAUGAUCAUUCUGAUCCAAGUGGAUGUCCAACUCCACAUGCCCAUGUACUUCUUCCUGAGCCACCUCGCCCUGCUGGAUGCCUGCUACGCCUCGGUCAUCACUCCUCAGAUCCUGGCCACACUGGCCACAGGUAAGAUGGUCAUCUCCUAUGGCCAGUGUGCUACCCAGUUCUUUUUCUUCACCUUCUGUGCAGGCACAGAGUGUUUCCUGCUGGCAGUGAUGGCCUAUGACCGCUAUGCUGCUGUUAGCAACCCACUGCUCUACACUGUAGCCAUGAAUCCUAGAAUUUGCUGGAGUUUGGUGGUGGAAGCCUAUGUCUGUGGGAUGUUAGGGUCCAUUGUGCGUACCACAUGCACCUUCACCCUCUCCUUCUGUGACCACAAUCAGAUCAACUUCUUCUUCUGUGACCUCCCGCCCCUGCUGAAGCUCGCCUGCAAUGACACAACAAACACUGAGAUUGUCAUUGUCUUCUUCGGCAACUUUGUGAUCUUAGCCAAUGCUUUGGUCAUUCUGAUAUCCUACCUGCUCAUCAUCAAGGCCAUUCUGAAGGUGAAGUCUCGAGGUGGCAAAGCCAAGACUUUCUGCACAUGUGCCUCCCACCUCACCGCUGUGGCCCUUUUCUUUGGGACCCUCAUCUUCAUGUAUCAGCGGAGUGGCUCGGGCAAGUCCCUGGAGGAAGACAAGGUCGUGUCUGUCUUCUACACUGUGGUCAUUCCCAUGCUAAACCCUCUGAUCUACAGCCUAAGAAACAAGGAUGUGAAAGCAGCCUUCAGAAAGGUCACUGGUAGACUCCAGGUAUCCCUGAGUGUGUAGAUAUGAGUGAUAGGACCUUACCUCCUGGUCCAUUUUCUUCCCAUAUCAAUGUAUCCUAACAGGCACCAGCACUCUAUGCAA